CAUGGCGCCCGGUGGCCCGAAUGACUCGAUCCUGGCACACUGCAAUGUAAAUACAGCCAAAUACGUCGCCUUCUUGCUUGGAUUUAUUCUGGUAUUGUCACAUGGAGUUAGAUACUAUUUGGAAGAACAUGACAAUUGUAACGUAUUAUUAGAAGAUGGAUAUCACUUAACUUACUCAGACUGGCAGCCACGUGGAUGUAUGAUGCACAAAUACACAAACAGGGAAGCUCAGUACUGUAUGAAAGACAAGCAUAUCAUGUUGCUAGGCGACUCCAGGGUUAGACAGUUAUUCUUUGAAGGUGCUAGAACACUUAGUGACCGUCAAGUAAAAGAAGCCAAGUAUCAUGAGAAUCUAUCACACCAAGACGCUUCAGGAAUUAAAUUA